UGUUUCUCUCAGCAAUGCUUUAUGGAGUCCCGACACUGCUUGGCAGCGGCCAGUGUCAUUUUUAGCCAAGCUGGACAGGUGCCAUCUGCUGAAGACAAUGAAACGGAGCAAGACCAACAGGACCUUCGACAGAGAAAAGCUGAAAUUGCAAGAUGCUGGAUUAAGUAUUGCCUGAAUCUCCUGCAAAGCGCUCGGAAAUUACUUGAGGAUAACAUAGGAGAACUGGAUCCGGACAGGCAAUUGGAACUUAAAGCCCAAAGGAAAAAAGAGGAGGAUGAAAAAGAGAAGGGCAGGAAAAAAGCUGUCCUUUUUGGGACGAGUGAUAUAUGUGACUCUGUCUUAGCCAUGGAAGAGAAAGUGAGCAGCGUAUAUCCUUUAGAUUUUCAAGAAGCCAGAGAAAUCUUCCUAGUUGGUCAGAACUAUGUUCAGGAAGCAAAAGAGUUCUUUCAGGUUGAUGGUUAUGUCACUGACCAUAUUGAAAUUGUUCAGGAUCACAGUGCUUUGUUUAAGGUACUUGCUUUCUUUGAAGAAGACUAUGAGAGACGUUGCAAAAUGCACAAGCGUAGAAUAGACAUGCUGGAGCCUAUAUAUGCAGACUUGAAUCCACAGUACUAUCUGUUGAUCAGUAGGCAGCUUCAGUUUGAACUAGCUGACACCUUUUAUGAGAUGAUGGAUUUAAAGGUAGCUAUUGGUAACAGGUUAGAGGAGCUAGACUCCCACACAAUUAAAAAAAUUAAUUCUCUGGCUCAGUUAGCGAUCAAAUAUUAUGAACUCUUCUUAGAUUCUUUGAGGAACCCAGAUAAGGUGUUUCCUGAAGAGCUCGAGGAAGAUGUUCUUCGCCCUGCAAUGGUGGCUAAAUUUCAUAUUGCACGACUAUAUGGUAAGCUUAUUACUUCGGAUAGCAAAAAGCAGCUGGAAAAUAUGCAGACAUCAUUGGAAUAUUACACAUUUCUGGUAGACUAUUGUGAGAAGUACCCAGCUGCUGUCCGCGCUGUCGAAACUGAACUAGAACUCAGUAAGGAGAUGGUGGGUCUUCUUCCAACAAGAAUGGAGAGGCUAAGAGCAAAACUCUGUCCGUUCAUAUAACUACUUGCCUUGAAGGAAAUGUGCACUAUUAAAAUGAUAUCUGUCAAAACCAGUGCUGUCAGCUUCUGUACUGAUUGAUAGAACUAAGGUGUCUACAGUUCGGCAGUCCACCUAGAGCCUGCAGUAGUAUAACUUUGUGAGAAACUCGGAGCUCUCCAGUUCAGUAGCUCACCCACACUAAUGGUAUAAACUUUAAAGUGAAUGUCCAGCUAAUGCUUUGUAUUGUUUGUCCUGUAUGUAAAUAUAAACCUUUUCUCCCUUACAGUUUUUUUCCUUCGGCGUAUGGUUCAGUUUCUAAAUGUAGUGCUGUAUGAAAAUUGUUUCUUUUAAGAGAAUCUGUUUCUCUAGGAAAAUUUUUCUAAGAAACCUGAGGCACGUUCUUCCAACUAGAAUAUAUUUUAUCUCUUCUAACCUUUGUCCCCAGAAAACUAUCCGUAUGAAGGGAACUUUAUUUUCAAUAUUUAUUUUGUAUGUUGCUCGGUGUUUUCUUUGUUCCCCUGUUAAUCAAAACCUAGUUAAUAGAGGCUCAAUAAAUGGACUAGCUUGGCUAAAUGUU